UUGGCCUUGCCUCUUCUUCCAUUUCCGACUCUUAUCUUCCUACAUCUCCUCCCCCUUCUUGUUAUGACUUCCGCUACAACAUUUAUGUCAUUCCAGUUGCUUAGACCUACAUACACUUCCAUUUCCACCCCAUUAGGGUCAAAUUCAUAUCCUAAACCCUUCAAAACCAUAAACGUCUCUCGAAUUUCAUCAUGGAUUUCUCACAAAACCACCAUUUCACCUUCCAAAUCACUCCAAUUCGUGACCCACACCUCAGAUUUGUCACAACAACUGACACAAGAAACUGAACCAGUAGACGAAGAAGAUGCAACUAACGAAGAAGGAGAAGAGGAAGAAGAAUCAUAUUCAGAACCACCUGAAGAGGCAAAGCUUUUUGUCGGUAACUUACCCUACGAUUUUGACAGCGAGAAAUUGGCUAAUCUCUUUAAUUCUGCCGGAGUAGUAGAUAUUGCCGAGGUUAUAUACAACAGGGAUACAGAACAAAGUAGAGGAUUUGGGUUUGUGACAAUGAGCACAGUAGAAGAAGCUGAGAAAGCUGUGGAGAAGUUCAAUGGCUAUGAUUUGAGUGGAAGGGCUCUUACUGUAAAUAAGGCUGCACCAAGAGGUUCACAACCAGAAAGACGAGUGGUAGGGACUUCUUUCAAGAUCUACGUGGGUAACCUAGCAUGGCAGGUGGAUAGUGAACGUCUGGAGCAGGCGUUUAAUGAACAUGGGAAAGUGGUCGAUGCAAGGGUGAUUUAUGAUCGUGAAAGUGGAAAAUCACGUGGGUUUGGUUUUAUAACAAUGGCAAGUGAGUCAGACAUGAACGAUGCCAUUGCUGCUCUUGAUGGACAGGUAUAUUGCAAUUUGUAAAUUGCAAUUUGUAAUUUUGUAACUUGUU